AUGACAAAUCCUUCAGUUUUCAGCUGGGAGUUGCAUAAAUACAGGAUCCAUACUAUUGACUUCAACACGCAGAACACGCAGAACACGCAUCUCAUGGCUACAAGUUCUCAAGAUCGUACUGCUUGCGUUUGGGACUUGAGAACCAUGGGAACCAAGAAACCAAAAACGUUGGCUACUGUAGAUCAUGCCAAGGCUGUUUACUCUGCUUACUUCUCACCUUCUGGCCUCUCACUUGCAAGUACAAGAAAGAGAAAGAGCGGUGAUGGCUAUACGGAGGCGAUCUUCACAGCCACGACAGAUGGAGAUCAGUUCAAGCUUGGAUGGUGCUCUCGGACUCCCCCUGGUCUUCAAUCUGAAGCAGAGAAGCUGAACCGACAACACAUCCGAGCUUCUUCUUCCUUGGGCGAUGGGUACUUCUUCGCAGCAGAGAAGCGAUGGGUACUUCUUCGCUUCUUCUUCCUUGGGCUUCUACUGAUUACAUAUGAGGACACCAUGCAUGUACAGAGGAAAAUGGUAGCAGCUUCUGUUAGCUUAAGAGAAGAUGAUCCUUUGUUGGAAGAUUUGAGUGAGAAGAAGCAGAGUUUCGGGAGGAUGUUGCUACUGAGAAGGUUUCUAUAUGUAAAGGAGUUGGGUGAUAUCAAGGCACAGCUUGAAGCAACACAGGCAACUGCAGAGGCAAGUACUUUGUCGGCUGAAUCAGCUCAGUCUCAGUGCAGAUUGCUCUCCAAACAUUUGCACGUGAGGACUGGUUCCUUGAAAGAGCAAGAGGACCAAGUAAGUCGACUUGGUGAGCAGCUAGAGAAUCUACAGAAAGAGCUGCAAGAUAGAGAAUCUUCACAUAAGCAGCUGAGCAGAUUCGUGCCUAGGAUCUUGCUACUGAGAAGAAAUGCCUAUGCCAUAUCACUUAAGUUUUAUGUAUAG